AUGAGGAAGCCUUGCUGUGAUAAAAAACUCACCAACAAGGGAGCUUGGACUGAGCAAGAAGAUCAAAAGCUCGUGGAUUACAUCCGAACUCAUGGAGAAGGUUGUUGGAGCGACUUGCCCAAACAGGCAGGAUUACGCCGAUGUGGGAAAAGUUGCAGACUGAGAUGGAUAAAUUACUUACGUCCAGAUAUCAAAAGGGGUCAUUUCGCUGAAGACGAAGAAGAUCUCAUUAUCAAGCUUCAUGCCCUCUUAGGCAAUCGGUGGUCAUUGAUAGCUGGAAGAUUGCCUGGAAGAACGGAUAAUGAAGUAAAGAACUAUUGGAACACACAUAUCAGGAGAAAACUUGUCAGCAUGGGAAUUGAUCCUCAAAAUCAUCGGUUGCAUCAAACUCACACCCUGCACCAUCAUCAUCCUCCUCCUCUUGAAAAUCAAAGUUCAAAAUGUUUAGGGACCAAAGUGAACACUCUGGCAACAAAAACUUUGGAUAAAGUUAAGAGUGAUGGUGCAGAUCAAGAACAAGUACUAUCAGAUGCUGGGAGUAGUCUUGCAGAUGAAACAUCGUCUUGCCGCUGUGAACUUAAUCUCGAUCUCAGAAUCGGGUUUCCAUUAUUAUCUUCUCAAUACUCGGAACAGCAGGAUCAAGGUAGCCUGCAAGACAUGCAAAUUGAUGAAGGAGAACAGCUCCCCACCCUCCCUUUGUUUUUGUGA